GAUCGAAAGAAAAAGGAGAAACUUUGGGAAGCAAUCGGUAAGCCUUUCUUGUACUUAACAGUGGUACUUAUUUAAUUUUAUGCUCCUGAAAUCAUAGGGAAAACACGAUAUUGGUGUGAAAUCGUUUCGUCACGUAGUGAUAAUAGUUUACGCUAGCUGUUUAUCUGUGGUUUUCAUUAGCAUUCACUUCACAGCCAAACGUAAGCCAUUGUAAAAAAGUUUGUGGUUAUACGUCGCAGUGAAGACCGUUUUGAUGAAAUAUGUAUAUUAUCGCUGGUCUCACAAUUUAAUAACUCCAGAAUGGAGCACGAUCUGUGCCCUGCCUCCUAAGACCUGCUGUUGGGCUAGUGCUGUAGUCUUCUUUAGGCGCCCAAAAAGACUGACAUUGUGCAGUUAAAACGUUGCAAUCCGCCCUGAUAUUGACUGCAUCGUGAGACAAAGGCUGCCGAUAAUUCAUUAUUACCAGACUUAAGCUAGUGAAGUUUUCGUUUUUUACCAAAGGUCGAGGUAUUUCAAUUUUUUGUUAAACUUAGAGUAAUCCUUUAAGUUAUAUAGGUUUAUUUUUGCUCUUUUCAGUGCGUUGUUUUUGCUGUCAAAUAUCAUUUGUCAAUGUGUAUGCAAACCCACGAGGAAACAGAACUCAAACACAGUUUCCACGUCUUGUAAAGACGCUCUUUUCAUUUUUUCUCCGUCUACAACCAGCAUUUUAGCUUAUUCAAUGAGAAAACAUUGACAUUGGAGACCUUAAAAGAGCGUGUGGCAAAGAGAAUUAAUUUUUGGGCGAAAGUCUUCUCUAAGAAUGGACGGUUGUUUGUCUUGAGCUCAAAAGAAGCCCUUUCCAAGAACUCAAAGAUGAUUACACUAAACAAAGAAACAUUUCAGAGCCAUACACGGCGAACAUCGACCUAUGAAUCUAAUUUGACAGAAACAACAAAAAAAUUGUCUUAGAUUUUCAGUCGUGUGACCUGACCUUGUCUAAUUAAGCCGAUGAUGAUGACAUGUUUAGUAUUAUCCGCUGGCGCACCUCUUUGAGUGUAGAUCCAACCCUGCACCUUAGUAUGUCGGUUUUUUAAAAUGUUACCGUUCUUGACAAAGUCACCCCACUUUAUAUCGGUUUACAAAUUCUCACCUGCGUGAUUCUCAGUACGCUCAAACAACUGCCUUCGACAAUUAUAAACCAAUGGAUAAUUUAGGGCCAGGUUUUUAUCUUCUGUGUCUUUUCAUCAGACAAACCUCAACUUUCUUGGCAAGUCAACACGCUUUUUAUCACUGACAUCACCUAUCAUUAAAUUAAGCAAACUUUCUUUCCUUGCUGAUUGAAUUAACCGCUAUGACGUUCGACCCGCAUGUGGAAAUAUUUUCGUACUUAAGCGGAUUUCGAUAAUCUGUGGUUGGAUCUUGCGUCUGAUUGUUAUCUGUACGGAGCAAAUGUUUAUUUUCUGACAUUUAACCCAAGUCGAAAGUACUGCGAAAAUCCUACAAAACGAGGUACUAAAACAAUCGGAGGGGACAGCGCGGCAAGGAUGAAAAGAUCCUUCCCUCCUACACCUCCCAAAGCAUUGCCGAAGGAGCAAGGCGCGCCGAGGGCAGUUUAAUGCAUUUGCUCAACAUUUUAGGUUCGCAUGGCGCAAAUGGAAAAUCAUUUUCGUCCAUUUUAAGUCAGAAGUUCUGUACGAAUUUUUAGCCGUUUGUGUCUGAAAUAGAGUCGACUUGGUUGAGCCAAUAGGUUGGCUUAGAUGCACUUUCUCACAACUGGACCUAAGAGAGAGAGAGAUUUUAACCAGUAGAAGAAUUUUGAGUUUCGCUAUAAAGGAGAUAUCGUUAUAUAACACGACUCUAUUCGUGGGAUUUCUUUGACAGUUUCGUAAACCUAUUUUUAAACUUUACCCCGAUGAGGAAUAUCAUUGUUUUUUAGACGUCGGGGAUUGUACUUUACAUAAAGACUUGUCAUUAACACAUCGCUCACUUUUUUUAGCUAAUUAAACGAGAAAAAAAUAUGUCUACGUGUCGAAGAUGUACAUCUGGGCUGGGUCGGUAUUUUGUGGUGCAAGAAUGUGGCGUUAAAAGGAAGGAAAAGACGGGAGCUAGAAAAACAUUGUCAUUUUUCAAAGCAACGGAAAGAAAACAAUGCUUGAUUCGCAUCUUAGAGCGAAUUUCCGAUGCCUUUGUAUGCGACGUUUAAAACCAGUAAAUGAGACUACCGAGUGACUCCAGAAUAUUCCAGCAUUGUCUUUCUCUGUCAAUGUUCAGACUCCGAUAAUUUUAAGUAGAUUAUCAACUCUUUUGUCGGAAACUUUAUCAACAUCCGUAGUCGUGUACUUAGUAGGCUUUAUUGAAAACGGUGAGGGAAGUCAAUUGUCUGGUCAAGUUGAACCAAAAGGCAUUUCCGAUUUACGAACUUUUCAUGACAAAAGCGCCCUCUGAAAAAGCGUUUGGACGAACGAAUUUACUUCUUGUUGCCGAGCUUUCUUUUCAUCCGUGCGAGGUUUUUCGAUCAACCUUUUGAUUCCAAUAACAGUUAUUUGAAGGCGCCAGACGCAACGAGUGUUCAAAUCGAGUGUCAUCGCUGUUAUUCUAUAUUUACGUUGGAAUUAAAGUCGGCACUCGAAAAAGAUGACAUAAGCUGACAUUUAAAACGGCAGUAUCGCCGCCAAGCCCGGGCAAGUGCCUCAGACGGUAUCGCAUGUAAAGCACUUAGCUACAUCCACAUAGCUGUAUGAGCGUACUUGAAAUUCAAGGAAGAAUAUUUUAGACAAGAAGUCAACCAUUUGGUCUCUUAUACCAAUUGAAGAAUUGGAAGAAGCCAAGUUAAGCUGAUACGCCAUCCACGAAUCUUCUGCAAAGAUCGACAACACCUGGCCUUCAUUGUAACGCAUUUCUAAUCAGUUUAAGUAAGUGGUACUGACGUUUUCUGCAGAGCACUUCUAUUUUCAUUUCAAAGGGCGCGUAAAUACCUCAGCAAAUCUACUCUUCUUUUUACCCUUUAAUGCUGUUUUCAUCCCUUUUUGCCAUUUUGAAUUGCGCACUUUCAGUGUAGUUCUAUUGCAAGUUGCACGUCGAAUUCACUGAUUGGUUCUGAUGAUUCCAGCUCGUGAAUUCCUUGCGGAACCAUUAUUGGAAUUCUGACUGUUCGGCAGCUGCUUUGCAGCCGGGGACUAUCAGCAAUUUAGCUUUCAAACAUUUAACACUUUGAUGGUCCAGAUAUUUUAUUAAAAACUAGAGGCAUCCCUGAUGCUUGUUUGUAGGGAGAUUACCAGUACCAAACUCGUCCAUAAGAGAUCGUGGCCCGAAGAAAAGAAGUGUUUUUAUUAUUUGUGUUUUCAUUUCAGUUUAAUGUGGGCGCAUAAUACAGCAGCUGACUUUUAAUGAUUUUACACCAGGCCGAAGACGUUUCGUAAUUCUCUUUUAGUAGUUCACCUUAUUUCGCUUCCAUUUACAGAACAUUUUUGUUAUAGUUCCAUCGCAUCAGAGCUGGCUAUGAUGAUACGCUAUUUUUGCUUAAUUUAUGGUCCAAAGAUUUCACCAGCUAGUGCAAGGUUAUCUGUGAGACCAGUUUAAUGUUUUAAAUCUCCCAAAUGUGCUCUUUCGUAAGGAGAACGUACUCCUUAAACCCGAUGUUGUAUGAAGAUGGCAUUCUAAGUGCAUCAGGACACGCAUCAUGUUACAUAUAAUGCGAUAUAACCCCACAGAUGUCUCACUAUUAAGAAAAUGUCGACCUAAAUUCAAUUUUGCAAUACAUUCCACGAAGAAGCUUUCACAAAAAAUUGUGAAAAUGAUUGUGACAUCAUUUCAGAGGUGAACUCAGCGUUAAAUCAUUGCGAAAUGCAUCUAGCGUUACUAAAUGUGUCAAUGUAACAAGACGCAUAUUCCUUUCUAAAAUUCCCGAAAAACCACCCAGAACGCAACAAACCACCCUGAUGAAAUAUCUUCACUCUGAUCCAAGACGAAUCGAGAUUAAUGCCAUCAUUUGUCUGCUCUUUUCAGAUUAGAUCUCGUUUGAUUCGUGAGAUAAUGCCGUCACCCGUGGAUCCCGAUUUCCAUUGGUCCACUCUGGCAAUCGGUCUAUUGGCACCUGUCGUCGCUAUUAUUAUUCUGUUAGGAAUGAUUGGGAACAUCCUGGUAAUUAUUGUUCUUUGGCAACAACAACGCCGUUCGCACCGCGCAACAGGUAGUUAUUUCCUCAUAAACCUCGCCAUCGCCGAUAUCUUUGGCUCAGCCAAUUUGAUAUUCAUGUUGUCGACCAUUAUCAAUCAUGGAGAGUGGAUUUUCGGGAAGUAUAUCUGUAAACUGAAUGGAGUCCUAACCGUACUUCUUGGUGCCACUUCGCUGCUUACGUUGUGCGCAAUCAGCGUGAAUCGAUAUUUCAAGAUCGUGGAAGGCGGAAAGUACAACAGGAUCUACACAAACACGAACACACUGCGAAUCUUGGCUCUUACUUGGCUGGUACCUUUUGUGUUGGCUCUUGCUCCUAUCCUUGGCUGGUCCGAGCACGAGUAUCAAGUUGGAAAAUGCGUCUGCCAUUUCUUGUUCAGUCGCAGUAUAUCCUAUACAGUAACCUUUGCCGUUUUCGUUGUCAUAGCACCCUUUACUGUCAUCCUGUUUUGCUACCUGAAAAUCUACAAAAUUAUCAAAACUCAUGGAGCCAUAAUGGGAAACCUUCGCCGAAGCCAACCAUCCGUUCAUGUAGAAGACAUUAAAAUCGCUACCACGUUGUUCAUCGUGAUAUUAGUGUUCAUAGUGUGCUACAUCCCUGCCAGUAUAGUCAACAUUGUGCAGAUGAUUGACCCUGAUUUCCACAUUCCUCAUUGGCUGGAUAUGGUCUCCUUUCUGCUUGUGGUCAGUAACCAUGCCAACAAUCCAAUUAUCUACAACGCCCUUAAUCGAUCAUUCCGGCAGGCCUUUCGCGAAGUUUUGCGCCUUCGACCCCGAAGAGAACCACGAGAUUUGAGUGGCAGUGGUGCCAAAUAUCCGAACUGUCAAUCUCGCACUGGGACAACGGCAAGGUCGCCUAGCAACCCAGGCUAUCAGCACUCCAGCACCUCAAGCGAAAAGCACAGUCCUGAGAUUAAACACAGUUUUGACUUUGUGGAUAAAAAAGCGUCAUUGCCAUGUUCAAAACUCAGGACUUCAUCCUGCUAA